CCCACGUUCCCUGACCCAUCCAUAGCUAACCCCUCUCGUGUUUGCCAAAAUGCUCCAAAGGAGAGAGCCUCCACAGAUUAAUGUGGCUUUGUAUAUAUGCAGCGUGGGUUUCGACUGGGAUUCACGUACCCACAUGCACAUUGGCUAAUCCCAAUCCCAGGGCUUCGCUCCUCCACGUCAGCAUCUCCUUCUCUCUCUCUUCAAUUGGAAGGUGACGAGAUUCUGCGUUAGGCCUGGGUUCAUUUCGUUCGUCCCUUAAAGCCAAGAGAUCGUCUGUGACCGGCAGAGUGAAAAGAUUUGGUCUUGCAGAAGCUGUCCCUCUCCCUUCCAAGGACAACAUGAACGCGUUAGCAGCAACCAACAGGAACUUCAAGCUAGCAACUCGGCUGUUGGGGUUGGACUCUAAGCUUGAGAAGAGCUUACUUAUUCCUUUUAGAGAAAUCAAGGUUGAGUGUACCAUUCCCAAAGACGAUGGAACAUUAGCUUCCUAUGUUGGAUUCAGGGUUCAGCAUGACAAUGCCAGGGGCCCGAUGAAGGGCGGAAUUAGAUACCACCCAGAGGUUGACCCAGAUGAGGUGAACGCUUUGGCUCAAUUGAUGACAUGGAAGACAGCAGUAGCAAAUAUACCGUAUGGCGGAGCCAAAGGUGGCAUAGGAUGUGACCCCGCAGGUUUGAGCAUUUCCGAGCUGGAACGCCUUACCCGAGUAUUCACCCAGAAGAUACACGACCUGGUUGGAGUCCACACCGAUGUUCCAGCGCCCGAUAUGGGAACAGGUCCUCAGACGAUGGCAUGGAUUCUGGAUGAGUACUCAAAAUUUCAUGGUUACUCGCCUGCGGUAGUGACUGGAAAACCAAUUGAUCUAGGUGGAUCUCUAGGGAGAGACGCAGCUACUGGAAGAGGAGUUCUUUUCGCAACCGAGGCCCUUCUGAAUGAGUAUGGAAAGAGCAUCUCUGGGCAGCGCGUUGUCAUACAGGGCUUCGGCAAUGUGGGUUCAUGGGCUGCCCAACUCAUCAGCGAAAGUGGUGGGAAAGUUGUUGCUGUAAGUGACAUUACAGGAGCCAUCAAGAACAGCAAUGGAAUCGACAUUCCGGCCCUGCUCAACCAUGUGAAGGAAAAGAGGGGAGUCAGAGGUUUCCAUGGUGGUGAUUCCAUAGAUCCCAAGUCGAUAUUGGUUGAAGAUUGUGACAUUCUCAUUCCGGCCGCCCUCGGUGGUGUCAUAAACGGGGAAAAUGCAAAUGACAUCAAGGCCAAGUUUAUCAUUGAAGCGGCUAACCAUCCAACAGACCCUGAGGCCGACGAGAUCUUAUCGAAGAAAGGCGUGGUCAUCCUUCCCGACAUAUAUGCAAACUCCGGCGGAGUUACUGUCAGUUAUUUUGAGUGGGUCCAGAACAUCCAAGGAUUUAUGUGGGAUGAAGAGAAGGUGAACAACGAGCUGCGGACCUACAUGACCAAGGGCUUCAAGGCAGUGAAAGAGAUGUGCAAGACCCAUGACUGCGAUCUCCGCAUGGGCGCCUUCACUCUUGGGGUCAACCGCGUUGCUCGGGCCACGGUCCUUCGGGGCUGGGAGGCCUGAAGACACAUCGCCAUCCCAGAAUAAGUCGAAUGGAAGGAAGGCUUUGCUUCAAAUCCGCGCUCCUUUAAGUUGUUCUCCUCUUGCCCAUAUCUAGAACUGCUGGGCGAGAGUUUUGACAUUGAUCAUCAGUGUUUUAUUUUGCUGUGAUUUGCGUUUCUGGCUUCAUCUGAGACUCUAAGUAAGAGUGAGGAGAUCAAAUUCGGUUGUUACUUAUUUUGAUCGCUAGAGUGGCUAAGUGUUCAUCUUUCCCACUCUAAUAAUGCUUGGAUACGCUAUGUACCUUCAUUGCAAUUGGAUGGCAGGUGAAGAAAAUUCCAUUCAAA